AUGGAUUCUAGACUUCCUCGCUCCCUGUUACUGCUCGUGGGGGUGUUUAUGAUUUCUGCCACAGCCUCAGCAGUCAACCUCGAGGGGGAACUUUUCAAGGAUUUGAUGAAAGGUUACAACAAGAAUGUCCCGCCCAUGGAAAAGAGUGGGGAUAUCAUUCAGGUCGACAUCAAGAUGACGCUCACCAACCUCAUCUCCCUGAAUGAAAAGGAAGAGGCCCUGACAACAAGCGUUUGGAUAGAAAUGCAAUGGUGUGACUACAGGCUCAGAUGGGACCAACCACCCAGGUCAGCUUUGUAUGGGAACAUCACAUCUGAGCUGCGUAUCCCCUCUAAGAGCAUAUGGCUACCUGACAUCAUACUGGAGAACAAUGUGGAUGGACAGUUUGAGGUAGCACUUUACUGCAAUGCACUGGUGUCUCCUAAUGGCUGUGUAUACUGGUUGCCUCCUGCCAUCUACCGCAGCUCUUGUUCCAUCAAAAUCAACUACUUUCCCUUUGACUGGCAGAACUGCACCAUGGUGUUUCGCUCACAGACUUACAGUGCCAAUGAGAUUGAACUUGUUCUCAAAGAGGAGGAUAACCACACAUUGGAGUGGGUGGAUAUUGAUCCUGAGGCUUUCACAGAGAAUGGAGAGUGGGUCAUCAAACACAGGCCGGCUAAGAAAGUGAUCAACAAUCAGUACACUAAAGAUGAACGGGAGUACCAGGAGGUGGUCUUCUUCCUCAUCAUCCAGAGAAAGCCCCUCUUCUACAUCAUCAAUAUCAUUGCUCCCUGUGUGCUCUUCUCUUCCCUUGGUCUGCUUGUUUACUUCUUACCUGCCAAAGCUGGUGGUCAGAAGUGCACCAUGUCUAUUGCCAUUCUUCUGGGCCAGACUGUGUUCCUUCUCCUUAUCGCUAAGAAGGUGCCAGAGACUUCAAAGGCUGUGCCACUUAUUGGAAAGUAUCUGAUGUUUGCGAUGUCAUUCACCACCAUGGUAGUGAUGAACUGUGUGAUCGUUCUCAACGUAUCUCUGAGAACCCCAAACACUCACAUAUUGACAGACAAAGUCAGAAAGGUCCUUCUAAACAUCCUCCCUCGACUGCUGAGGAUGCAAAUGCAGCCCUGGAAACCAAACAAUGACAACACUUCAGAAACUGACAGGAAUGGUGUGUUCCUGGUCCCCUGCCGACGCCGCAGCUCCAUGACACUCAUCAACAAGGCGGAGGAAUAUGCAACGAAAACAGCUCGGACUGAACUCAUGUUUGCCAAGCUCAAAGAGAGAAAUGGAUUGAUGAAAUCAGUAUUGGAGAAGCUACAUGAGGGGCUGGUUGAGGGUACGGCUGAGCAGCUCAGUACCAGUCUGGCAAAGGCUUCUCCAGAAUUGAGGCAAUGUGUGGCUUCGUGUAAACAUAUAGCUGAAACUGCAAGGCAUCAGAAUGACUUCCAAAAUGAGAAUGAAGAGUGGUUCCUAGUCGCCCGGGUGAUUGACAGGGUUUGUUUUCUUGCCAUGGCUUUGGCCUUUUUUAUCGGCACAGUCGGGAUCUUCCUAAUGGGCCAUUUCAACCAGCCUCCCUCCUCACCUUUCUUUGGUGACCCCAAAAAGUACCUGCCUUCAAUGUACAAUCUCACGGAUCUAACUGAGAGUGGAAUAGGAGCGGACCUCCUGGGGUGA